AUGACUGCUGUGGCAUCUCCACCUAGCGUACAAUCGGGGUCUCGCUUGGGAUGGUAUGAUUCUGGUGACGGAGGACAAGGAGCCCUGUCUUCAGUAAACGCGGACGAGGUGUCCCGGAUGUUUAUGCCCCGGAAGCACGUUCAAAGAUCCAACUCUUCUUCCUCCCUGACGUCGCCCUCCGUUCCGAGCGUGACUGCCACCCCACAGGAUACUCAUGUUGGUCAGAGUUCCAGCGAUUCAGGCACUUGGUCAUCAAAGAAGAAGCCUUCGAGGAAUCUCUGGCCUAGCUCGAAGUCCGAACCGGUCUCUGGGGUAACGAAUACACGGUCCCAGGCCGUGCCUGCAUUUUCACCGGGGCCAACGGCGUCGUCAACCAUGUCUGCUAUCCAUCAGCCUUCGUCCAUCGUCCCGUCACAACACAUGAUUCAACCCUCCCAGCAAAAUGGCGCCCGUGCGCCGAACGGGCAGUCUGCAGAUCCACCUGCAAUUCUAUCCCUUGUCCCAGUCAAUGGCACUUUUGAGAAAAAACAAAUAAACGUGCCAUUUUACCCCGAGCUCUUACGGAUUGGCCGUCAGACAAAUGCCAAAACAGUCCCCACGCCCGUCAAUGGGUUUUUUGACUCCAAGGUUCUCUCCCGGCAGCAUGCCGAGGUGUGGGCUGAUAAGAGUGGAAAGAUUUGGAUUCGGGAUGUCAAGUCGUCUAAUGGUACAUUUGUGAAUGGCCAUCGAUUGUCUCCUGAAAAUCGCGAGUCAGAGCCGAACGAGUUACGCGAAAAUGACACUUUAGAACUUGGAAUCGAUAUUGUCAGCGAGGAUCAGAAUACUAUCGUCCACCAUAAGGUGUCGGCGAAGGUGGAGCAUGCUGGCAUUUACGGGACUACUCCCAGCAUCCUCGAUCUCAACUUCGGUGAUCUUGACCCUGCCUCCGGGGGCGGCCUGCUGCCUUCGCCUUUAAGCCAGCCCCUGUCCCAUUUACGUGGACGAGCAGGCAGCAAUGCCAGCAACCGGAGCGCACAGAGUGCUGCCAGCAACCAACUCAACGCCAUGCACCAGCAACGACAAAUGAACUAUUGGAAUUCUCCCAUUUCGAUUGAGCAGGUGGUGAAGAGGCUCACGGGCGAAUUGAAGCAGGCAAAACAACAAUCCCAAGACCUUCGCCAGACCGAUGAAUUUUUGACAACGAUUAUGAAGCCGGGUUACGCUGAAAAAGAGAAGCCCAUCAAACCGUCUCCCCUAGACAACAGCGCUCAUCGUCAAAUGAACGGCCGUCCAAAAAUGCCCCGCGUCGACUCCUUUUCUAGAUUCUCUGAUCCUCCCGCCCCGCCUCCUCAGCAACCUCUCCCAGAGAAACCAGAUGCUCCGCCGCGAAGUGGCUCAGAUGCCUUUUCUCCUUUGAAGCGUAUUGAAACCGAAAAGUCAAAGUCGACAGCGACAGGAUCACCUGUCUCGCGCGACUCAAGUCAGAUCCUAUCCCUGAUCGAGGCACUAUCGUCUGCGAAGCGAGAGAUUGAUACCCAAGGAGCCCGUGUUCAGGAGCUGGAAACUCUUUUGCGCCAGGAACGCGCGGCUCGUGAAUGGGCAGAACAAAAGGCCCAGAAAUUAGAGAUGGGCUCUGCCUUGGAAAAUGGCGACAUCAAGACCGAUGAGACGGUCGAUGUACCCUCAGAGCCCGAACCGGAGAUAAAGCUGGAGCACCGCGACUCGGAGACAGCCGCGAAACCGAACGGCUCUAUCUUGCCAUCCGAGGCUUCCAAACCUGUCGACGCCAGUCAGGAUUCCUCGGCAGAGAUCAAGACCACGCAACUCCAACGCCGUUUGGAAAGCAUGAUGGAGGAAAUGGAGGAGAUGAGACAGCAAAUGGCCUCAUUCAAAGAGCGAGCAGUCAAGGCUGAGGACGAGUCCGCACGGUCUCGAACUUCGUUGGCAGAAAUGAUUGAAACCCUGCGCCAGGAGCGUGCCGAGAAGGCAUCGGUAGCAAUCGCAAGCACCAAGUCCGAGACACAGAGCCAUGAAGCGACGAAAAUCUCUCCUGGAAAUUCGGUGUCAAGCGAUGAUCGAACGGUACAAUUCAAGAAACAGAGCCCCCGGAUACAGUGCCUUGAUCCUGUAUCCUCAUCUCAAAGUAAGGACUUGGAUCCUGCAGCUACGGCAUUUGCCGCACAACGUCACCGACACAGGCUUCUGGAAGAGGCAAGCCCCUAUGCAUCCAUGUUUGGUGUGGUGCUUCUAGGGGUUGGCUUAAUGGCCUACCUCAACGGGUGGCAAAAGCUGGACAAAUAA